GCAGCUUGCGGAACGGCGAGAGAGACUGAACGGUGAUUGAAAGAGGCGAGCUGAACGGCGGUGGCGGCAGCCAUCUUAGAACUACCGCACUAAUCCGAGAUAUACAUCUCCUGGAUAUUUUUAAAUACCAAGCAAAAAUUGAUUUUUACCGGUCGAGAGGAGACAGAGUUACGUUGUUUAAACCGUUCGGUGUUUUUAUAACGAAGACGAGAUGCGGAUCGGCGGGGUGAAUCCUUUCGCUUCUGCAGUCGGUCUGCUUUUAGGACUAUUAUGCGUGGUGGAGGCAUCUAAAGUAAAUAAGCACAAGCCAUGGAUUGAGACCACAUAUCAUGGUAUCGUGACAGAAAACGAUGACAAAGUUCUCCUGGAUCCUCCUCUGAUAGCUUUGGAUAAAGAUGCUCCAUUGCGCUACGCAGAGAGUUUUGAGGUGACCUUCACCAAAGAAGGGGAGAUCUGCGGCUUCAGGAUUCAUGGGCAGAAUGUGCCUUUUGAAGCGGUGGUGCUGGAUAAGUCCACUGGAGAGGGGGUGAUCCGAGCCAAGGACAAGCUGGACUGUGAGCUGCAGAAGGAGCACACCUUCACCAUUCAGGCCUAUGACUGCGGAGAGGGACCUGAAGAAGGCAACACGAAGAAAUCUCACAAGGCUACCAUCCACAUCCAAGUGAAUGACGUGAACGAGUACUCGCCAGUGUUCAAAGAGAAGUCCUACAAAGCCACAGUGAUUGAGGGCAAAAAGUACGACAGCAUCCUGAAGGUGGAAGCCGUGGAUGCUGACUGCUCUUUCCAGUUCAGUCAGAUCUGCAGCUAUGAGAUUGUCACCCCUGAUGUGCCCUUUGCUAUUGACAAGGAUGGCAACAUCAAGAACACGGAGAAGCUGAACUACAGCAAGGAACGCAUGUACAAACUCACCGUGACCGCGUAUGACUGCGGUAAAAACCGCGCCUCUGAGGACGUCCUGGUCAAAAUCAACAUCAAGCCCACCUGCAAACCAAGCUGGCAAGGAUUCAAUAAAAGGAUUGAGUAUGAGCCUGGCACAGGAAGUCUAGCCCUUUUUCCCAGCAUGCACCUGGAGACCUGCGAUGAGCCAAUCACCUCCAUUCAGGCCAGCAUCUUGCUGGAGACCAAUCACAUCGGCAAAGGCUGCGAUAGAGACACAUACUCCGAAAAAUCCCUGCACAAGUUAUGUGGUGCCAGCGCUGGCACUGUUGAGCUGCUGCCUGCUCCCAGCAAUGCUGCCAACUGGACUGUCGGCUUGCCCACUGACAACGGGCAUGACAGCGACCAGGUGUUUGAGUUCAAUGGCACUCAGGCCAUUAAGGUCCCUGAGGGUGUGGUGAGCACCAGCCUAAAGGAUCCCUUCACCAUCUCAGUGUGGAUGAGACAUGGACCUGGAAGCAGGGAGAAGGAAACCAUCCUCUGCAACUCUGACAAGACCGAGAUGAACAGGCACCACUAUUCCCUGUACGUACACAACUGUCGUCUUGUGCUACUGCUGCGUCAGGACCCCACAGAAUCUGAGAACUACAAACCUGCUGAAUUCCACUGGAAACUUGACCAAGUGUGUGAUAAAGAAUGGCACCACUAUGUGCUGAACAUUGAGUUCCCAGCAGUGACUCUGUUUGUGGAUGGUACCACCUUUGAGCCCUUCCUGGUCACGGAGGAUUACCCUCUGCAUGCCUCCAAGAUCGAAACCCAGCUCACCAUCGGUGCCUGCUGGCAAGACCUCUCAGGACAUGACAAUGAUACUGAGACACUCUCAGAGCCAGGUGGCAGCACCCGCAUGACUCAGUUCUUUAGAGGCAACCUGGCUGGACUCAUGAUCCGCUCCGGCAAACUGGAGAACAAGAAGGUUAUUGAUUGUCUGUACACCUGUAAGGAAGGUCUUGACGUGCAGCUUCCAGAGGAGGUGGCUUCUGCUGUGAAGGUGGAGUUUAACCCCAACCAGUCUUCUCUGAGCGUGGAAGGAGAUGACAUUGAGAGCUUUGAGAAGGUCAUGCAACACAUCUCCUACCUGAACUCCCGGCAGUUCCCCACCCCAGGAAUCCGCCACCUGCGAGUCACCACCACCGUCAAAUGUUUCAAUGAGGAGACAUGCAUCUCCGUGCCUGACUCUGAAGGCUAUGUGAUGGUUCUCCAGCCAGAGGAGCCAAAGAUCAGCCUCAGUGGAAUUGACCAUUUUGCCCGUGGAGCGGCUGAAUUUGAGAGUGCUGAGGGUGUGACGCUCUUCCCUGAGCUGCGCAUCGUCAGCACCAUCACCCGUGAGGUUGAGGUUGAAGCCGAGACAGAGGCUGAAGGAGAGGACGACCCCACAGUGCAAGAGACGGUUGUAUCUGAGGAGAUCAUGCAUAACUUGGACAGCUGUGAGGUGACAGUGGUGGGAGAUGAUCUGAAUGGAGAUCAUGAGAGUCUGGAGGUAGAUCUGGCCCAGAUCCAGCAGAGAGGUCUGGAGAUGAGCUCUUCUAACAUGGGCAUGGUCAUUACAGGUGUUAACACCAUGGUGAACUAUGAGCAGGUCCUGCAUCUGAUCCGCUACAGGAACUGGCACACAGAGGCUCUGUUUGACAGGAAAUUAAAACUGGUCUGUUCUGAACUCAAUGGCCGCUACAUCAGCAAUGAAUUCAAAGUAGAGGUCAACGUGAUCCAUACAGCCAAUCCAAUGGAUCAUGCCAACAAUGCCAUGGUGCAACCUCAAUUCAUCAACCAAGUCCAGCACGCCUCAGUGGACCUGUCUGGACACAACUUGGUCAACACACAUCAGGCCUCAGUUGUUCCUAGUGCCGCCACCAUUGUUAUCGUGGUGUGUGUUAGCUUCCUGGUGUUUAUGAUCGUCCUGGGUGUAUUCCGUAUCCGUGCUGCUCACCAGAGUACCAUGAGGGACCAGGAAAACGGCAAAGAGAAUGAGAUGGACUGGGAUGAUUCGGCCCUCACCAUCACUGUCAACCCUAUGGAGACUUAUGAGGACCAGCACAGCAGUGAGGAGGAUGGAGAAGAGGAAGAGGAGGAGAGUGAGGAUGGAGAGGAGGAAGAUGACAUAACCAGUGCGGAGUCAGAAAGCAGUGAGGAUGAAGGCGGAGAACAGGAGGACCAACAGGGUUCGAGCAGACAGCAGCAGCUAGAGUGGGACGACUCCACCCUCACCUACUGAUACCCCUGAGCACACAAUACACAUUAAUAACACAGAUAUUCACACACAAAUCCACCCACGCUCACACCCCUCUGCCAAUGGGGACGCCCAUGUUUCCCUUACAGUCCCUACCUAAGGAGCCAUGUGUAAAAACAACGUACACGCGGAAAACUAAAUAAUUAUACAAUGUAUGUACAAUGUAGAUGCGAUAUAUCUGGUGUCUGUCGUGACAGGUGUUGCAGUCUGCUUAAUUUCCAUUGGCCGAGGCUUCCCUAAUGACAUCUUAUUGUGGUUGUAUUCAGUGUAGUAUAGUUAUCACAAGGUAUCUCAAUCCAAGUUUCUAAUUUAUUGAAUCUUUUCCUGUCAUAUCCAAGGGAAACCUGGCCUACAGUCGCAUUUCUUUUGAAGCUGCAUAAGGACACAUUCCUGCACUUUUACUUCUCACAUUCAGCUCCGUCAAAUCGAGAAUGAUUUAAUGUAUAUUCCUUGCACAUGAAUUUUAGAUUGAUUUUGCUACAGAGUUUAGAAGAAAGGCUUUCAAAAAGGAUAGUUCACCCAGAAAUGUAAAUUUGGUCAUUUGCUUACCUUCAUGUCGUUUCAAAUUUCUAUGACUUAUUCUUCCAUGGAACACAAAAGGAGAUGUUUGGCAGAAUGUCACCAAGUGCUUUCAUUGCAAUGGAAGUGAAUGGUCACCAAGUGCUUUCAUUGCAAUGGAAGUGAAUGGUAACUGAGACUAACAUUCUGCCUAACCUCCAUCUUUUGUGUUCCAUGGAAAAAAAGUAAGUCCAUAUGGGGUUGGAACAACGUGAGGUUGAGUAAAUGAUGACAGGAUUUUCAUUUUUGGGUGUACCAUCCCUUUAACUAUUUGCUUUUUCCGGGUACUGAUGUUGUGCUCUGUAAAGAGGAAGGAGAUGAUGAUUUAUUUUCACUAUUUUUCCUCCUGUCUUUAUAUUGCAUGGCAAGGUUUGCAAUCAUGUGUAUGGAAGAAUACAAUUGCUUUUUGAUAUUUUGUAAAUAUGAUGAAACCAUGUAAUUAGUCAGUGUGUUAGUAAAAACCUAACCAAACUGUUUCCGGUAUCUGAAGGACACAGUACCUGCUGUAAAAUAUUUAUGUCAAGAGAUGCUCUUAGCAUGUUUCAAAACAUUCUGUGAAACUCUUCCAUCAUGCUUGUAUGGGAUGCCCGCUUCACAGAAAAAAACCCAUGACAGAGGCAGAGGUUUCUGUGGAGGUGGGUGUGCAUCUUUGUUGUUUGGUUUUAAAUUUACUGUAGUAGUGUGGGUGGGCGUGGAAUUCUGUGCUUUGGCAUAUAUAUGCAUAUGCUAAUUCUAGCUAGCUUGCAAUGGCACAAAUGCUACACCAAGGCGUCAAUGAUGGCGUAUUGUGGCACAGACGUUCGUUUUGGGGACUAUUAAUGACAUUCAGGAGAUGAAUAUACAGUACAGUUGUUUUUUACAUGUUCCUGUAUGUUGUACAGUUUAGGCACACUGCAGUUAUUUAAGCCAUUCUUAAGUGAUAGUUUGUGUAUUUUGUGUAAUACAUAGAGACCAGUUGAAAUCACAAUAUGCACUCUUAUAUGCCAGUUUAGUUUAAGGCCAAAGUAUUCUUCGGUUUUCCGCAUGCUAGUGUGCAUAACGCAAAUUUCAUUCAGUUUCCUAGACACGCGGACAGGAUGGCAGGGGAAGAGUUAUUAAUAUUCAUGAGGAAAGCGAUACCUGAGUGAACGAUUGAGUAAAUAUCUGGAAAGCACUACCUGAUUGGAUGGAGAAAUUAUAAACUAACCCUACCCCUAAAGCAAACCCUAACCAAUUGGGUAGAGCUUUCCUCAUAAAUAUAAAUGAGGCUGAGUUUGUAAUCGCAUACUACCAUACUAUCACUAUUCCUGCCAUAUACAGAUAUGUGUGAGUUGUAUUUGUAGUGCGCCAGUUCGAACUCAGCCUGAGCUCAAGACAGUCAGUUACAUUCAACCAAACUGAAUCGGAAUUAAUGAGGGGGGUUUUAUUAUUUUUUUUACUAAUUUUGUGAGCUUUAGAAUUUUUUUUUUUCUUGCAAAUUUAGAAUAACCCAAUGUCAUUCAGUUAAUUGGAAUUCUUGUCAUUUCAAGGCCCCUAAAAACACUGCAUUAACAAGGGCUAACCCUUUCCAGAAAUUAAUUUCAAGUUACUGGUUGAACAGUACUCUUAAAACAAAAAAAAAUAUUUUUGCAGGAUGGCCGCUAGAUUUUAUUGUACAUGGAACUGUACUGUAGAGUUGUGUAAAGAUAUUUGUUUACAUUUGGUAAACUUUAUUCCUUUUUGGUGAUGGUAUCAAUAUACUCCAUAUUUGCAGGUCAUUUCUCCAUGUAGUUGCUCAGAAACAUUUCAUAUUUCAUUUUUGUAACGGGGUUCACAAGAUGGCUAAGGAGGAUGUGGGAACUGGCAGAACAGUCAACAUAACUUUAAUGACAUAAAUGAACUUAAAGAACCAUAAACACACACACAGAGGCUGCGUGUGUCUCUCUCUCUUGAACUGGCACUUCAGGCUUGUCUAUAUCCCCCUCCCGGCUGAUUAGGACAAUUCAGCGCCAGGCAUACGUCCUCACAGUCUGGCCACGCCCUCCUCUUCAUCACACUCCUCCACCGCCUGAUUCAGGCUGGGGAAACCUCCGGCUUGAUGUACUCCCCUCCCUUCCUGGAAGGGAGAUGUUGCCCUUCCGACCGUCCUUCUGCCGGCAGGUCUUCCCCGCCUCUCUGGAGCCCUGGGAGAAACGAGGGGAGGGAGAGGGAAAGAGAGAGGGAGAGAGACAGAGAAAAACUCACUCGCUGGUCCCCGGACACACCGUUGCCUGGUCCUCAGCCACUCCUCUGCCCUCUGGUGGACAACAGCUGCUCCUCCCCUGGUGGACGGCAGCGAGUCCUCCGACCCCUGGCGGACGGUAACAGCUCCUCCCCUUCCUGGUGGACGGCAGCGGUUCCUCCGACUCCCGGUGGCCGGCAGCGACUCCUCCAUCCCCUGGCGGACGGCAGCGGCAAGGACUCCACGACAACGCAUCCCUCCUCCUUCUCGGGUUUCGGCACCAGUGUAACAGGGUUCACAGGACGGGCAAGGAGGCGGGAACCGGCAGAACAAUCAACAUACUUUUAAUUACAUAAAUGAACUUAAAAAACAUAAACACACAGACACACAUGCAGCGGCCGUGUGUGUGUCUCUUUCUCUUGAACUGGCACCUCCGGCUCCUCUUGAUCUUCCCCUUCCUGGCUGAUUAGGACAAUUCAGUGCCGGGCGUGCGUCCUCACGGCCCGGCCAUGCCCUCCUCCUCAUCACAAUUUUCUUACUGUGAUUGGGCAUUUUGGGAUGCACCCCCCAGAAAAUGGCCAGAUGGAUAUAGCCAGUUAUUGGGAAAACUCUGAAUUCUCAGUUCCCUAUUGGCUUGAAAAGAAUGUUAAUUAUUUAGGAGAAAUAUGAUUGUUAAGUAAAGAGAGACGUGUAGCUUUAGGGUACUUCAUUCAGAAUACCAUUUUUUGUUUACAUGCAUGAAUAUUCUCGGUUUGAGGCCUAAACUAAAAUGCUUUGUUGUGAUUGGUGAUAUGAAUAUAAUUUUAUGCUUGUCAGAAAAGGUGUAAUGUGGGACGUUGUUGAGGAGGUCUAUUUUUUGGACCCAUGGAACGGCAAUCGGAGAUUUUUUUUUUAGAAAUGCCAUUUAUUACUUUUUAUUUUCCUCUACGUAUUACUUUUUGUUAUACAUUUUGGUGAACAGGUCCCCCCUCAAAAUUAAUCGGACCUUAAACGGAGGUCCAAAUUUCAGCUUGUGGAGUUGGGAGUGCCUUUACCUAUCACAGCUCAUUAACUCAACUAACUAAACACUCAUCCAUGCCAUUAUAGUUGUUGCAAUUUUCUCAUUUGUUAAUUAUUUAAUAUUAGAUUUCUUACAGGUACGGGGACAUGAUUUUAUUUUGUUUUAUUUAAUUUUAUGUUAUAACAGGGGUCAACAGCUAUAGUUUUAUCAAGAAUGGACGUUUUAAUUGUCCUGCAUAGAUGUCUUGUGUUCAUGUUGAUGUGUAGAGAAUAUAGGUACUAAAUCAUGUUUGAGGAAAUUCACAUCUAAAAAGAUGUACAUUUAUUGAAAUUCUUUAGGCAGCAUAUGUGGGUAUAAGUUUUAACAAUUUGUGUAUAGUGUAAGGUGAUUUUGAAGUGUAUUUCCUGAUAAAGGCAUAGAGGGCAGCAUGAAAAUCACUUGAAUCUGAUACAUAAUUUGCUCCUGAUGGGAUCCUCACACAAAUGUAAUAGUAUCACACUUUCCAUACUGUAUUUUUAUUCUCAACUUGCAAUCAUUUUAUUUAAAAUAUGUUUGAUUGAUGCAGACAUUUCCAUGAGAUUGGUAUAUUCAAUGUUUGUAUUGAAAAUCACACAAUUGUUAAAUCUUUGCUCCUUUUCCCCUCAAAUGCAUAUAUUUAUCUGCAGGUGUAAUGUAUUUUAAAUAAUGCGUUUUUGUCAUCUGGUUUGACAAUUUUAAGAUGCUGAUGCAGAAACGUUCCAAAAUAAACAAUCUGUAGUCAGUCUGAACAGCUGUAGAAGGUGGAUAUUUAAAGGGGCAUUGUCUUUGCAUGUAUAACACAGAUAUAAAUAUUUCCUGUAAAUGGCACAUGGAACAGUGGGUUUGGAAUGUUUCAGAUUGGUCAGGAGACUGAUUAUACUACUGAAUCAAAGAUUAGCUGUCACAGAUUUGCAACAGUCAUUUGCUCACUUUCUUUUUUUUUUUUUUUUAGAAAUGAAAACUGGGGAUGGUGUAGAACUGUUGAAUGCUGCCCUCAAGCUCAUUCACUUUUCUAUUAUUCAGAGGAAAAUUAUAGUGAAGUUGAUGUUUGCUCAUGAACAAAAUAAAGGAUUAUGAGAUGGAAAUCAAA